UCCAGAAUCGGUUUGGAGCUGUGACUGAGGAACGAAAAUGGCCUCCGAUUCAAAAAACCCUUGGAAUUGCCCGCCAUACGUGAUCUAGUCCAGCUCCAAGCAACUGUUGCUUCAGUAGCGGCGUGUUGGAGGAGGUUUUGCUGUUUGCAGUUGCUAAUUGUUACCAAUUUUCGUGUUGUUGGGUUGCUGUGUGUGUGGAGGUAUGUUUGGGGAAGUCGCGGCAUCGCGGAGUCAGAAGGCGUUGAUGCGCUUGGCGUCAAUUGAUCCAAUCGAGCUAUGCAAUGAGGCUAAAGUGGAGCUAUGUAGGGCUACUAGGGAUUUGAGAAGCUGUGGGCGCCGUGUGGAGAGAGUCAUUGUUUCCUGUGGCCAUGCUGCUUUAUGUGAGGAAUGUAGUCAGAGAUGUGAUGCUUGCCCCAUAUGUAGAGUUGCCUUUCCGAAGGGAGGAGGCGAUCACUUCCCUCUCAGACUUUACUACGACUGUAUUGAGGCAGGUCUUCUCUCUAGGAAGUGUGAUGAUAGAUUGCAACAAACGGAAGAUGGUGAUAAUCAUCUAGUGGCUGAUGUGCGAAGGCUGUAUUUUCUAUUUGAUGCUGCCCUGGAGCAUAACCUAGUUUCUUUGAUCUGUCAUUAUGUUACUGAUGUAUGCAUGGAUGAAAGUGCGGCUUCAAGUGACCCAGUUAUUGCUUUCUUGCUCGAUGAGAAGGUUGUGCAAGAGUGGUGCUGGAGGACAUUCAGAAGUAUUUUGACAGAGCUUAAAUCAAUAUAUAAUCUUUCUGUACAAGAGAUGAAAGAAAAGUUAAGUUUGCUUCUGAAAAUCUCUUCAAAGUUAGCAGGCAUUUCCAAUGUCCUUGAAGUGUUGGAGUCUUCUUUCAGAGGCACUACAUCACCUAUGCUUCAUGAUCUGAGCCAUCUUCAAGAGAGUACAUUGAGAACAAAACAGCACUUGGAGAUUAUGAGUUGGUGCAUCAGACAUCAAUUUUUGGAGAAUGUGAUUUCUAGGUAUUCUGAUCAUUCCUCAUGGAAUUCAUCUGUUCGUGAGAGAAAAAAGGCAGCAAUUAAGCGAGCAUGGCCUGAUCCAGUGAAUCGUAAACUGGACUCCAGUGAACAGAACAUGAGUAGCCUGUUUAUUGAAGAUGCACUAUCUAAUCUUGAUUCAGAGCAAGGUUAUAGUGAUCAUGACGCAGGGGAAUUAGUAAUUGCAUCAUUACAGGCAGCUGGUGAUCAGUCAAUUUCUCGCUCUAAGUUGCAUGGAAUGGCAGGGUGUUACCCCUUUGAAAAUCUCCGUGUUGCUGCUGACUUGCUCUUUCUACAAGGAAAUCCGGAUAUGGUGGUUGCCAAGCAAGCUAUUUUCUUGUAUUUCCUUUAUGAUCGGCACUGGACAUUGCCUACUGAGGACUGGAGGCGCAUUGUUGAUGACUUUGCGGUUACUUUCAGUAUAACUCGGCACUCUUUACUGGAAUCUUUAGUAUUUUAUCUUUUAGAUGACCACACUGAUGAAGCAUUGAAGGAAGCAAUUCAUCUUCUUCCUGAAAUAUCUGGUCCCAAUCUUCAUCCUAAGGUUGCUCAGGCACUAUUAGAGAGAGAGAAUCCUGAUUCAGCUCUUAUGGCUUUGAGGUGGUCUGGACGAGAUGGGGGAACAACAUUAGUAUCAAUUAGGGAAGCUGUCACCGCUGUUAGGGUGCGGCUGGAGUGUGGACUUCUUACUGAAGCAUUUAUUUAUCAGAGAAUGAUUUGCGCAAGAGUGAAGGAGAAUAAACAAACGAAUGCUUCUGCUGAAUUGACGGAACAAUGCAAUUGGCAAGUCUGGCUGGAGGUUUUGGUAACUGAAAUAUGCCUACUUUGUAUUCGAAGGAACUUGACAGAUCGAAUGAUUGAAUUACCCUGGAAUUCUGAUGAGGAGAAGCAUAUUCAUAAAUGUUUAUUUGAUUUUUCAAUGGAUGAACCUUUAUCAACAGUUGGAAGUCUUCUGGCGGUUUACUACCUUCAGCGUUACAGGUAUGUUGAAGCAUAUCAAGUUGAUUGCCAGCUCCAGUCUGUGGAGGAAGACUACAUUGCAAACGGCCAGAGUGAUGAAAUCUCCCAUAAAAUUAGAUCAAUGAGCCAUUGGAGGAAAAAAUUAGUUGGUCGUAGUGUGGAUUUAUUGCCCGAUAUUCUCCAGCAGCAACUGAAGUCCGGAAACCUGCAAGAAAAAGGUGACGACAAUAACCAAAGUACACCUCCAAAAUCGGAUCCUCGGAGAGUACAUGAGCCAAUCUUGGGAAAUUUGCUGUUUAAAGGUGCACAAAUGCAAUGGGAGGAAAAUGGCUUGGCCCAUUCCCUUCCUUGACCAUAACUUAAUGCUAUUUUUACUUUCACAUAGUUAAAAUAUGUCUGUUGCUUUUGUAGCCAUUUUGACCUUAUUUUUAGGUAAAUGUAAGAAGGUCUUUGUUUGGGUAUAUUUGGAAUAGCUCCCAUUGUCUUCCUUGGUUGGUGGAUCAUAUAAUCUUCGUACUCAACCCCUGUUUGAUGUAUGAAUUUGAAAGAUUCUUCUAUGAUUA